AUUUUGAUUUUAUAUUUAAUAAAAAUUGUGUUGUGUUUUAUGCCACCAAAAUGUCGUUCCACUGGUGUGAUAACAUUCACACCACUAUCUUUACCCCGCGUGAUUACCAAAUUGAAUUGCUCUCCGCCGCCUUCGAACGUAAUGUUAUGAUAUGUCUUGGCCACAAAUCAUCCAAGGAGUUUAUUGCCUUAAAACUUCUACAGGAAUUGGCAAGGCAAGCUCGAAUCGCCGGAAAGAUUAAUUUGUACUUAACCUGUGAACAAAAUACGCCAUCAAUUACAACUAUGAUAGAACAUUUGACUGAUUUGAAGGUAUUCAAAGAGGAAUCGGGGGCUGGUGACAAACAGCAGGUUCAUAUUCCAGACGGUUUUCAACUGUAUGUUCUUCAUCCACGCUCUUGUUUGGAGGCUAUGAAAUGCGGUAUUCUGAGUUUAAAAAAUGUUCAUUUAAUGAUAUUAGAAGAUUGUCAUGAAGCUGCGAUGUAUAGAGAUCUGCGUCAGAUAUUCUGUGAAUUUUUCAAUGGCUCCAGCGAUGAUAUGCCGAAAGUGUUGGGCCUAGCAGGGCCAUUGCACAGCGCUGAAUGCUCGUUGGAAGAGCUAAGUGCGAUGUUGAAUACGUUGGAGAACAGUGUGCACUGUAAAGCAGAAACAGCUAGCGACAUCGUAACAGUAUUAAGAUAUUGCGCUAAACCAAGCGAGUAUAUAGUACAAUGCAUGCCAUAUGAACGUGAUGAGUUGACCGUUAUCCUAGAGGAGAUUAUUUGCACACGAAAAGCAUUCUUAAUAGACCAUCGCUACGAUCCUUUUGAAAUCUAUAGUACAGAUGAAUACAUGGAGGAAUUGAAGGAUAUUCCCGACCCGAAAGAGGAACCUAUGGAAUUUUUGGAAACCAUGCUUUUUGUGCUUUACGAAAUGGGCCCGUGGUGUGCUGAUCGUGUUGCUAUUAACAUGUUUCAUCGGAUAGAAAAACAGAAAAUAAAGACGCCUCAUGAGCGCCACUACAUUUUACUAUGUGUAGUGAAUACAGCACUUCUAGAAUUUCACGCAAUUUGUGAACACACAUUCAAAAAGUUAACAACUCACAAAGAGUUAGUCGAACGUUUUUCGAGUCCUAAAGUAUCUCGGUUGCUAGAGACUUUACGCGUAUUCAAGCCCGAGGAAUUAAUGACAAAAAAUGAAACAAUUCAGAAAAUGAGCCAGGAUUUGGAUCAGAUGGAUUUUCAAAAGCUCAGUCGAAGUAUCGAAUAUAGUUGUCAUAGUGUGGAAAACGUCACCACGAAGCUACAAAUUGAAUCUCGCUCUAUUAUUGAUAAUUUGGACCCGAUUGUUAAGUCACCCCCGGCUGAUCAGACUAGACAACAAAUGCUACAAAGUAACACAGCGCACAAAAGUGAAAACAACACUGGUACCAACCGACGCCAUGGAGCAGGUGGUUCACAUGGGCGCUUCAAGCGGCGACCGUUUAACCGCCGGCUAAUGCGUGACAACAGUGAUACGAUGGAUACACUCUGUGCUAUAAUUUUUUGUAACUCGAAUUACACAGCACGUGUGCUCUUUGAUUUGCUGAGCGAAAUGAGCCGCCAUGAUCCAGAACUUAAGUUUCUUAAGUGUCAGUUCACAACUGACCGUGUCGCUGAUCCUAUAACCGAACCCAAAGAAGCCGAAAUCGAGCACAGACGUCAGGAAGAAGUAUUAAAACGUUUUCGAAUGCACGACUGCAAUGUAUUAAUCGGCACAUCCGUUCUAGAGGAAGGCAUAGAUCUGCCUAAGUGUAAUCUUGUAGUGCGUUGGGAUGCACCCACAACAUAUCGUAGUUAUGUACAAUGUAAAGGGCGAGCGAGAGCAGCUCCUGCCUAUUAUGUGAUACUAGUAUCGCCAGCUUAUAAGGCAGUUCAUUGUAAAAAUGAACAGUUAAGUGAUCAGUGUCAUGGAUACUUAUGUAAAAUAGAAGAUGGACAAGACGAUGGGAUCGAUUCAGAUUCAGGAAGCGAAGACGAAGACGAAGACGAAGAAACUAGCAAUGACAAUGGCAACAAAUUCACAAUCGGUUCUUCAAAAGGAAUAGUCAAAAUACUAAAUCCAGAAGUUAUUACCAGUAAACCACCAACGAAGAGCGAGAUAACGUUGAAGGAAAUUAAAGAGGAAUUGCCGGCCAUUGAAGGCACGGAAAUUGAAGCAACAGAUGCUUUUAAUUUAGUAGAAAUUGAAAACGAGUUGCCUUCAAUCACGGAGCUUAAAUAUGAAACACCUUCAAUUCAGGAAAUUAAAUUAGUACCGAUAAAGCCUAUAGAUAUUUGCUAUGAAGUGCUGGAUCUAAACGAUGCGAUUUCGGACAUAAGCAGCGUACUAAAUAAUUCAGCCUCCAGCUCCUUUUUAGAAGAAACAUCAACAGCAACAAAGGCUCCACCAAAGGCGCAAAAAGUGAAACGUCGUUUUCAGUGCGUUUGUGAAAAUGCAAAAGAUUCAGAAAGCAUGGAUACCGGUGUUGAUGGGGUCGUCCAACAAAUAGAAUACACAACUAAUAAAAUCGUAGAACAACUGGCAGAGUAUCGUGAAAUAGAGAAGAUGCUCCUUCAAAAAUGCGCUAACACUGAACCAUCAGAGAUGGAACAUCAAUUCGCCGACUAUUAUAAUAAAUGUGUGAAGCGUUAUAAGCCAUGCGAAUAUCUUUUGACCGGCGCGUCUGUGGAUCUUACUUCAUCCAUUGCUUUAGUCAACAAAUAUUGCUCCAAAUUACCAAGCGACACAUUUACCAAACUUACUGCGCUCUGGCGUUGCACAAAAACUAUGCGAUGUGAUGCCGAAGUAUAUCAAUAUACUAUACGACUUCCAAUAAAUUCGCCAUUAAAAUAUGAUAUAGUUGGGCUUCCAAUGUCUUCGAAUAUAUUGGCGCGUAGAAUGGCCGCCUUACAAGCUUGUAUAGAGCUCCACAAAACUGGCGAGUUGGACGACAACUUGCAGCCCAUAGGAAAGGAGGGUUUCCGUGCCGUGGAACCCGAUUGGGAGAACUUUGAACUGGCGGAGGAGGAUGAGAAAAUCGUCCAUGAAAACUCGGAGCCACGACCAGGAACUACAAAGCGAAGACAAUACUACUAUAAGCGAAUAGCCUCGGAAUUCAGUGAAUGUCGUCCUACUGCCGGCGUUCCCUGCUAUCUGUAUUUUAUUGACUUGACUCUACAAUGUCCCAUCCCGGAGGAGCAAAAUACACGUGGUCGUAAAAUAUAUCCACCGGAGGAUGCACAGCAAGGCUUUGGUAUACUAACCCUCAAACGUAUACCCAAAGUCAGCUCAUUUCCCAUAUUUACACGCUCUGGCGAAGUAAAAGUCUCUAUAGUCCUCUCAAAAGAUAGAGUAGUUCUCACCGAAACCCAAAUAUGCUGCAUAAACACGUUCCUGAACUAUACAUUUACAAAUGUGUUGCGCUUGCAGAAAUUCCUAAUGCUUUUUGAUCCUGAUUCCACGGAAAAUUGUGUAUUCAUUGUGCCCACAUUGAAAAAGGACGGUGGAAAACUGAUCGACUGGGACUUCCUCGAAUUGAUUGAACGGAAUUCAAGUAUGAUGCCCACUCCAGUGCCCGACGAGUUGCGCAAAUGCACAGAUUUUGAUGCGAAUAAGUUCAAGGAUGCCGUCGUUAUGCCGUGGUAUCGCAAUCAAGAUCAGCCGCAGUACUUUUACGUAGCGGAGAUUUGUCCACAGCUGUCACCAUUAAGUUGUUUUCCUGGCGAAAACUACCGCACAUUUAAGCAUUACUAUUCUCUCAAAUACGGGUUAACAAUACAGAAUGUCAAGCAGCCUUUACUGGAUGUGGAUCACACCAGCGCACGUUUGAAUUUUUUGACACCUCGCUAUGUAAAUCGAAAAGGCGUUGCCUUACCCACAAGCUCAGAAGAGACAAAGCGUGCCAAGCGCGAAAAUCUCGAACAAAAGCAAAUUCUUGUGCCUGAAUUGUGUACUGUACAUCCAUUUCCGGCUUCACUGUGGCGCACCGCUGUUUGUUUGCCUUGCAUUCUAUAUCGCAUAAAUGGUUUAUUACUAGCUGAUGAUAUUCGUAAGAAGGUUUCAAUGGAUAUAGGCUUAGGGCAGCAGGAUAUUGCCGACAACUUUGAGUGGCCAAUGCUGGACUUUGGCUGGAGUUUGUCGGAAGUUUUGAAGAGGUCAAAGGAAAGUAAAAACGCCUCGGUGGACCAAGAAAAUAAAGACAAUAACGGAAAAGAGGAGUCAAACGGCAAGCAAAAUAAUAGCUUUGGAACAGAUAAUGGGAUCAAUGGUGAGUGUGGAAACAGUGUCGAAGAGAACCAAUCCAAAGCGAAGAGUGCUAACGAAAUCAUAAUUGAAGGCGAAAAAAAGUUACAGGAUAGCACUUUCAUAGAAAUUGGCACUUGGUCCAAUGACAUGGCAGAUGAUUUAAAUUUCAGCAAGAACUCUGACUCAUUAGAGGACGAUGAAGAAGAAUGCUUGAAAUAUUUUCCAUCAAAUGUUAGUUUUUGCGACCAGCAGUUGCGUUAUGGUUCUCCAACAUUCUGGGACUUAGAAGAAUCCGAACAAAAUAAAAAGACAAAUGAAGGUAUGCAAAAUAAGGGCAAUGUACCAAAUCAUUAUCGGAAAAAUUCAUUUGCAUAUUAUGACUCCGACGAUUCACUUGCAUCCAGUUAUGAUGGCAAUGAGCCUGCCAAAUAUAGUGAGGAUGAAGAUGAUGAUGAUUGUGGGCCUUUACGAAUCGCAUUCACUUCGAAGAAUGAAGCCGAGACUAUUGAAACUGUUCAAGAGAUCGAAAAGCACAACAAACAACUUUCCAUCAUUCAGGCCACCAAUGCAAAUGAGCGUAAUUAUCAGAAAACAAAAAACUUGCUUGUGGGGUACAACUUCGUAGACUUAAAGCCUAGCAUAGAAGCAGAAUUGCGUGAGUCCAUCGCACAAUUUACAGCAUCUACAAAAAUAUUAAGGAUGACUAUUGAACAUUCGGGCAUGCUUGUAAAAUACAAUCAGCCAGUGGCGUUGGCUCGUAAGGAGAAAUCCGGCGGCAAUUCGUAUGUACCCGACGAAUUGCCUACUGCAGAGAUGUUUUUUAAGCUUUUGCCCUAUGCUGACAAAAGCUUAUUAAUAUCUAUUUUGGGCGAACGAGGAAACUUGCUAACUCCUGCAGACAUAGCGCUCUUGAAUGCCGAUUAUUUGAAGUCGCAACCGCUUGAAAUGGUCGAAGUACAGGGUUGCGGUGAUAUAUUUGAUAAUUUCAAUGACAAGGAUAUGCUUAAGUUGGAGCGAUGGGGUGAAGGAUAUAAGAAGCUGAUACAGUUGAGAUUUGAUAGAAAAGUUAGUGCAGAAAGCAAUGAUAGUUUGAUUACUGCAAGGGAGGAAAUCAAGAAAGUCUACAGCGAUUUGUUUAGUUUUGACCGCCAACCCGAUUUAACCGGUCACCCUGGACCAAGCCCAAGUAUCAUUCUGCAAGCUUUAACCAUGUCGAAUGCGAAUGACGGCAUUAAUUUGGAGCGUUUGGAGACAAUUGGGGACUCAUUUCUCAAAUACGCCAUUACCACUUAUUUAUAUAUAACGUACGAAAACGUACAUGAAGGCAAACUCAGCCACUUGCGAUCAAAACAAGUAGCCAACCUCAAUCUGUAUCGACUGGGGCGUCGAAAAAAGCUAGGCGAAUAUAUGAUAGCGACGAAAUUUGAGCCGCACGACAAUUGGUUGCCACCGUGCUACUUCGUGCCCAAAGAGCUUGAGAAAGCUCUCAUAGAGGCAAAGAUACCGCCGCAUCACUGGAAAUUGGUGGAUUUGUCUAGCAUUAAAAAGUUAAACAGCGCCGAGAUAUGCGCCUUAGUGCGCGACAAAGCCGACAAGCUGGGGCUGUUUAGUGAUGAAUCGAAUUACAGCGAGGACGCAAGUGCCGUCGAUGAGAGUGGCGAGGGAAAAGACUUUACAUGUUUCAUUCCUUACAAUCUUGUGACUCAGCACAGCAUUCCAGAUAAAUCAGUGGCCGAUUGCGUUGAAGCAUUGAUCGGUGCAUACUUAAUCGAAUGUGGUCCGCGAGGCGCCCUGCUGUUCAUGGCUUGGUUGGGAAUACGUGUACUUCCGUUUGUACGUAAGCCAUAUAAUCCACAAACGCCUCGUAUUCCCGGCAGCACUAGUCCAGAUGAUAAUGGUGAGAUAACGGUAUAUGGAGAGUGGGCUGCACCAAAAAGCCCACUCCUCCACUAUUCGCCUAAUGCCACACAGGAGUUGGAGUAUAUGCUGGAGGGCUUUGACGAGUUCGAAGCCACUUUGGGUUAUAAAUUCCGCGAUCGCUCCUACUUAUUGCAAGCCAUGACUCAUGCCAGCUACUCGCCGAACCGUUUGACGGAUUGCUAUCAACGGUUAGAAUUCCUAGGUGAUGCAGUUCUAGAUUAUCUGAUCACACGUCAUCUGUACGAAGAUCCCAGACAGCACUCACCGGGUGCCUUGACGGAUUUACGUUCAGCGUUAGUAAAUAACACGAUAUUUGCAUCAUUAGCCGUUCGACAUGGUUUCCAUAAAUAUUUCCGACAUCUGUCCCCUGGUCUGAAUGAAGUUAUCGAUCGAUUUGUACGAAUUCAGAAUGAAAAUGGACACAGCAUAAGCGAGGAAUAUUAUCUACUUUCGGAAGAAGAGUGUGACGAUGCUGAGGAUGUUGAAGUGCCAAAGGCUUUAGGUGACGUAUUCGAGUCAAUAGCGGGCGCAAUAUUUUUAGAUUCCAAUAUGUCACUGGACGUUGUAUGGCAGGUGUAUAGUAAUAUGAUGAAGCCAGAGAUAGAACAAUUCAGCAACUCAGUGCCAAAAUCGCCUAUUAGAGAAUUGCUGGAACUUGAACCGGAAACUGCUAAAUUUGGGAAACCGGAGAAACUGGCCGACGGGCGCCGGGUGCGAGUCACCGUGGAAGUCUUCCUCAAGGGUACGUUCCGUGGUAUUGGCCGCAAUUAUCGUAUAGCAAAAUGUACGGCUGCCAAAUGCGCAUUACGUCAAUUAAAGAAGCAAGGUUUGAUAACAAAGAAGGAUUAGGCCAUAACUAUACCGGCACCCACACACUUAUGGAAUAAGUACGUAUUUCUCCAUAUUACCUAUUUAAGGCAAACAUAUUUUUAAUGACUUAACAAAUUUUUCACUAUUUUAAUUAGUCUGAAUGCAUCUAGACAUAAAAAUAAUGUAUUUGUGCAAAUAUAGAUUUUUUGAGUGUGCAU